AUGAGUUUCAUGUUGGUCAAGUUACUUUUCGUUGGUUUGUUGGUCUCCUACGUGAACACCUUCCACCUCAUUGUCAUUGGUGAUUGGGGGGAUGAUAACGAAAAUCAAUACCGGACUGCCAGAGGCAUGUCAGCACUAUGCCAAACCGUCAAAUGCAAUGGGAUAAUCAGUACCGGGGACAAUAUAUAUCCGGCCGGAGUCAAGUCUGUCAACGAUCCCAGGUUCAAUACCUCUUGGAGGAAUGUGUACAAUUUGAAGGGUAUUCAGGACAAGUACUGGCUGAUGAGUAUGGGGAAUCACGACCACGAUGGCAACUACAAGGCUCAGAUAGAAUACACAAACGUAGAACCUCGCUGGCAUUUACCAUCAUUGUGGUACGACGCGCAGUUUCAGAGCGGUGCAAUACAUCUCUUCAGCAUCGAUACGGUCUCAAUUGAGAAGAGUGUUUACGAUUACAAGAAACAACUUCAAUGGUUGGAAGACAAACUGAGCAAGUCGAAAGCAACAUGGAAGGUCGUUUUUGGCCACCACCCUCCUGUGACGGGGGGUAAGUACGCCCCUGGCGUGCCAAAAACCCACUACAAAAUCGUCCCACUGUUGGAAAAGUACAAGGUCGACCUUUACUUGGCAGGGCACGAUCACAACUUACAGCACAUCUCUAAAGAUGACGUCAGAAAUGAGGAGACUAAGUGGAUCGUUGAUUACGUCGUUUCUGGUGGGGGUGGGAGGAAGUUGGCACCGAAGACCGCCAACGCGGAAAAUGAAUUGAUGAAGAGAGGUUACAAACUGCGCUUCUUCAGGAGUCAAUUCGGUUUCGUUUCACUGGAAUUCAGCAAGUCGGACCUUCUGAACGUGAGAUACUUCGAAGUCACGAAACCAGAUACAAUUGAGAUUACGUACACAUUCAAUAGGACAAAAAGCGCCAUCUAA